GCCUCUGGGGCCCUCGGGGGCCGACCUGAGCUAUUUCUGGACGCUUCCUCCCAGUGUCUCUAGUGGGACGUCUUAUUUUUGGAAACAACCAGAGACGAGGAGGGAAAAUAUCUGGUGGAGGAGAAUCCGUUUGCUUGAUGAUGACUGUGGUUAUGAAUAUUAUUGAGACCGUUCAUGUGGCCGAAGCUUUUCUCUAACGAGACUUAAAAUAAAAACAAUUUAAAGUACAAACGUCACUUUGUGAAGUUACUGUUAGAAGUAAGAGACAUUUAGGCAACAUGGUUAUUUAUCAACCAACACAUUCAUUGAUAUUGAUUAUUGAUUCUUGUUGUCAGAGGGAAUCAGCUGUGACACGGUUACCGGGCGUCUCCGGCUGUUUGUGUGGUGUUACCGUGACGACAGGGUGAUGUAACCGUACCCACCAGGUGUUACCGUGUUGCAUUGUGGGAAAGAAACAGGAAACUGGAGCUGAUUGACAGGAGUCGAGUUUCCCACUGAGGCUGCAGGACGGAGGUCACAGAGAUCGAUCAAUCAAUCAAUCAAUCAAUCACGAGCUCUGCAUCUCUCUCAUUGGUUAAAAACCCUGAGUGACGUCAACGUCUUUGAAAUGGAUCAAUAAUCUGAUCUGGAGUGUUUGACCUUUGACCUGCAGAGACCAUGUGACCAGGAGGCUGCUGAUUGGUGGGUUCCUGUUCGUUAUCUCAGAUUCUUGUUUUCUUUUCUAAUCAGGUUUUUUAUUUUCCCUGGAACAGAAAAACAAGUUGCUGGUUUCUGUGGCUCAGAUGAAGGUCGGACUCGAACAUCCGGUUUAGAUCCGUCUCUCUCUCUUUGUGAGAACCUUGAACCAUCAGAGCUUCUCAAAGACUCCGAGUUAGAAGCAGAGAAGUUCAGUUUCCUGUGGAUCCUCCUGUGACCUCUGUCAGGCUCCGGGCCCUCAGCUGGAGGAACCAGGUCGUGUCAGGAUAUUAAAUGAGUUCUGGAAGAGAACGAGGUUAAUGAGGAAACUUCAGCUGCAGCAGAACCGUGAUGACGCUGCGACACAUGAAAGUAAAACCAGACACGAGUGUAAGUUUGAUUCGUUAAUGACAGAAAAACAUUAAGACACAUUUAUGAUGUUGCUGCUGCUCCAGAUCGGUUCUGUUCAACCUGGGCGCUAACCAGUCACAUGACAGGGAGACAGUGAGGUCAUAGACGUACAGAACGUCCACUGUGGGCUGUCCUCUAAGCCCCGCCCCCUGCCAAUGAGUCAUUAAUUAGCAGCUUAGACUCGUCAGCUGCAGUAAUCCCCCCCGACCUGGCUAAUCUGUCAAAUGGGACGAGGAGCUGCAGCUCGUCUGAAGAUUCACCUGAAGACACAGGGACAUCUGAAGAAACCUAAUGGAUUCAAUGAGUGUGUGAAGUGUGGAGUCCCUGUGAGAGCAGAAGGUCUGAUGUGUUCUUCUGGUUCCAGCUGACUAGGUGAAGCAGGAUGAACGGAUUCGAAGCUCCAGCUCUCGCCUCCGGAAUCUUCGGCUCGUACGACUCCAACAUGAAUGGUCUCGACUCUCGGUCUCCGGAGCCUCUCAGAAGCAAAGCCAGGUCCGGUGCCAAAGCUCUGUACGAACAAAGAAAACAUUUCACCAGAACCAGCAUCAACAGCCUGACGGACACGUCCCAGUACCACGUGGAGCACCUGACCACGUUCGUGUUGGACCGUAAAGACGGGUUGAUCACGGUGGAGGACGGGGUCCGGCGUCUCCGCCUGCUGGACGCUAAAGGGAAGGUGUGGACUCAGGAGAUGCUGCUGCAGGUGGAGGAGAAGAGUGUCAGCCUCAUCGACCAGGACACCAAGAACGAGCUGGAGAACUUUCCCAUCGGGACCAUCCAGCACUGUCAGGCUGUGAUGAACCACUGCAGCUUCGACUCCAUCUUGGCUCUGGUGUGUAAAGAGUCGGGUCAAACCAAAGCAGACCUGCACCUGUUCCAGUGCGACGACAUCAAGGCGAACUUGAUCCAGGCUGACGUAGAGAGUUCUGUGACCGAUGCCAAAGGAGGGAAAGUGAAGAAGAGACCGGAGGCUCUGAAGAUGAUCCUGAAGAGUGGCGGGGUCAUUCCACCUCCCCCGCCUGCCCCCGCCCCCCAACCCCCGGCAUCGUCCAAUCAGCUGGACGUGAAGAGCAGGGCGGCCGCCUGGUCGGCCUGGACCAAUGAGCAGCAAGACUACGAGCAGCAGCGCCAGAUGUCGGAGGAGGAGGGGGAGGGGCCGGCGGAGAUGACGGCGUCCCGAGUGGACGGACACGUGCAAAUCCUCAACCACAUCCUGGACGACAUCGAAUUCUUCGUCACCAAACUUCAGAAAGCAGCUGAAGCGUUUAACGAUCUGUCCAAGAGGAAGAAGAUCAAGAAGAGUAAAAAGAAAGGUCCGGGAGAGGGCGUCCUGACUCUGCGCUCCAAACCCCCCGGAGAGGACGAGUUCGUGGACUGCUUCCAGAAGUUUAAACACGCUUUCAACCAGCUGGGGAAGCUGAAGGAUCACAUCCAGAACCCGAGCUCCACAGACUUGGUUCACUUCCUGUUCACUCCACUCAGAAUGGUGAUCCAGGCGUCCGGCAGCCUGGACCUGGCUCGCAGCGUCGUGGUUCCUCUGCUCACCAGAGACGCCAUCGACUUCCUUCACGCCUCCGGGACGGCGGAGGAGAGACACCUGUGGGUGUCUCUGGGGGACGGCUGGACCAAGUGCAGGUUGGAGUGGCCGAGGGAUCACUACUUCCCGCCCUGCGUGCUGACGUUUCGUGACGGCUGGGAGCCGGCAGCGUUUCGUGACGGCUGGGAGCCGGCAGCGCCCCCGGUGGUGACUCGGAGUCGAGAGGCGGAGCUGACUCAGCUGGCAGAGAGCCAGAGACAGGAGGAGCUGACGAGGAGGAGGCUGGCUCAGGAGACGGCGCUGCAGUCGCUCCCCCCGACAGAUGGGUAUGCCUUUUCCAACACACCCUACAAGCGCACACAGAUCCUGGAUCAGGACGCGGCCGUGGCUGCGUUCAAACACGCCGUCAGCCGCCAUGUUGACCGAACUUUUGAUGCCGAAACCAGAAAUCAACCAAAUAUUUUUGCCAAAUCUAAAUUUGACUUUGUGGCGAGAAACAACACGGAACUUUCUGUCCUGAAGGACGAGGUCGUCGAGGUUCUGGACGACAGGAAGCAGUGGUGGAGGGUGCGUAGCGGUGGGGGGGCGUCCGGCUACGUGCCAAACAACAUCCUGGAGGUCACCACAGCCGUGGACGUGUCGGGCCGAGCCGACCCCGUCUACAGCCACACCAUCCAGAAACAGACCACGAGGACGGACCUGAUCCCCGGUAGAGCUGCUGCCACUCCGAUGCCCCCGGCCCCCACGCCGCCCCCCCCGGCCCCCGCCAGGCUCCCCACACCGCCCCUGCCCCCCCCGGCCCCCGAGCCCGCCAAACCAUCAGCCGGCAGCAGCGCUGUCAGUCGCCAGAACAGCUCCGCCUCCAGCGACCACGUCACCAUGAGGGACCACGACAACCAGAGACCCGCCCCCUUCAACCGCAGGAAGUCCAACAUGGAGGACGUCCAGGACGAGCUGAUGCACAGACUGACGCUGGGUCGCAGCGCUCAGAAGAAGUUUCCACUUCCUGCUCGCGGCGGCGGCGGCGGCGCGUCCGUCAGCAUCACGUACGACUCGUCACCUGACGACGUCAAAGUCUGGUUGGACGCCAAAGGCUUCAGUCCCGUCACCAUCACCAGCCUCGGCGUCCUCACCGGAGCUCAGCUGUUCUCUCUCAACAAAGACGAGCUGAAGACGGUUUGUCCCGACGACGGCGCCCGAGUCUUCAGUCAGGUGACCGUGCAGAAGGCCGCGCUGGAGAGGAGUUCGGGCUCGGAGCUUCAUGAGGUCAUGAGGAGGCGUCAGGAGAAACUUGCAGCGACCACAUGUGACUCGGGGGUGGAGUCUUUUGAUGAAGGAAGCUCCCACUGAGCUCCUCAUGGCCUCCUCCCUCCUCCCUCCUCCCUCCUCC